UGUACUCAUAUGUUUCUGCAUGACCUUGGUCCAAGGAGACGUAUUUUCUGUAUGUCACGUGAACGAGACACUUUUCGUCCCCUCCAAACUGCAGGGACACAGAGCUGUUGACGCAGAUCGUUUUCGCAGAGCGCACACACGCACGCGCGCAGACCUAGGCUACACAUGCGAGCUGCGAAUGACCAGAGAGCUCGCUAAGGACGUAGCGUAGCCGGGCCACAAUCUCAUAAUAACGACACAGCGAGUGGUUUUCCUUAGAUAUUUUAAAGCUGGUCGGCUCGCUAGCUGACGGCAAACCAUGGACGACAAGUCUUUCACCAAGGAGUUGGACGGAUGGAUUGAACAACUGAACGAGUGCAAACAGCUGAGUGAGAAUCAGGUCAAAGUCCUAUGUGAAAAGGCAAAGGAGAUCCUUACAAAGGAGUCCAACGUGCAGGAGGUGAGAUGUCCGGUGACAGUCUGCGGAGAUGUCCAUGGUCAGUUUCAUGACCUGAUGGAGCUGUUUAAGAUUGGGGGGAAGUCUCCAGACACCAACUAUCUCUUCAUGGGAGACUAUGUCGACAGAGGCUACUAUUCUGUCGAGACAGUUUCUCUUCUGGUUUCUCUUAAGGUCAGGUUUCGCGAUCGAAUCACAAUUCUCAGAGGGAACCAUGAGAGCAGACAGAUCACACAAGUGUACGGCUUCUAUGACGAGUGCUUAAGGAAAUAUGGAAAUGCCAAUGUUUGGAAGUACUACACGGAUCUGUUUGACUACCUGCCUCUCACUGCGCUGGUAGAUAACCAGAUUUUUUGCCUCCAUGGAGGAUUGUCCCCUUCAAUAGACACACUGGAACACAUCAGAGCGCUGGAUCGCUUGCAGGAGGUUCCUCAUGAGGGCCCAAUGUGUGACUUGUUGUGGUCUGACCCAGAUGACCGUGGCGGCUGGGGCAUCUCACCUCGGGGGGCUGGUUACACCUUCGGGCAGGACAUAUCUGAGACCUUCAACCAUGCAAAUGGUCUAACUUUGGUCUCAAGAGCCCACCAGCUGGUGAUGGAGGGUUACAAUUGGUGCCACGACCGCAAUGUAGUGACGAUCUUCAGUGCACCAAACUAUUGCUAUCGUUGUGGAAACCAGGCAGCAAUCAUGGAACUUGAUGACACAUUGAAAUACUCCUUCCUCCAGUUCGAUCCGGCGCCACGCAGGGGGGAGCCUCAUGUGACGCGGCGUACGCCAGACUAUUUCCUGUAAAGAUCCCUGGCGAGGAUGGAAAGAGGCUACACAGAGAAAAAGCAUUCUUAACUCAUGGACCAAAAAAAAAAGGACCCAUUAUCACAAUGAAAUGGAAACUAUCGCAUUUAGUUAAAGACCACCAUCCUUUCAACCUUUUCCUCUCUGUGCAUGAUGUUUUUAUUGCUAGAAAGGAUUGCUAUUACGAACAAUACAAUCACAAUACCUGCUGGUUUGUCGGGAAACAUAAAUGAACUGAUGCAGAGAAUAACAAGUAAAUGUAAGUAAUGUUUGUGUUGACAAUGAGCAGAGUGUUUUCAUGUACAGUAUGUAAGCCGCAUCUAACACUUGGCAUGGCCUCAAAUCAAAGGUUGCAGUAAAUAUAAUGUCAACUCUUUCUUUUUGUAACUGAACGCAACUUUAUUUUGUGAAGUGAAAUCAUAGGUUAGAUAUCGGAAAUUAGUAUGUUCUCUUUGCACUUUUGUAUUUGAUUUUUAUCACAUGGCACUGACAGACUUUGUUCUUUUUUUAUACCCUGUCAUAGUGUAAGUAGCCCUCUUUCUGCCCUGCUGUCUCUUAUGGGAGUUAAUGUAAUUCAUUUAAGUAGGCAAUACUGGUAGCGAUUACAUCAGUUGUAGAAAAGAAUAACUCAAGGUUUUGCAGCCACCACUAUACGAAAUAAAAACUGAAGUUGCUUCGUCAUGUACUUCAUAAGAAGUUUGUGGCAUUAUUCUCUCUCACCAGUCACCACUAGAUGGAAAUAGACUCCCAGUAGCUGCUGAUGAUCAAUUGAUCAUCGUGAUUAUCAAGUUUACUGGGAAUGUGUGCAGGGCAUUGGGUACUUGUUAUAUCUUUAUGUAUUCGAGGUGUUUGUAAUAUGAUGAUUGUGAAACAUGAAAUGGAUAAGGCUGUUGGUGUGCCAAAGAGGACUAAUUUAGCUUUUCAUUCUGUUUGAUGGUUUCAUUGUACUUAUGUGAAACACAUAUUGAUUUGUCUAUUUUAAGGGAAACUAUUGACAAGACUUUAGUGUCGGCCACCAAUGUGAGGCUUUUGCAGAUGUGUAUGUGAAAAUCCAAAGUUUUACCAGUUAUUAAUUAUUUACCGCCUGCGAAUCAAGGUCGCGAGAUGUCAGCGCUUUACCGGAUGUGGUGCUCAGCUCGCUGCUGAAAAUAAAAGCCUCAUUUAAAGGAC